GGUUUCCGCCCCUCCAGGCGGCCGGGGGUCCCCGCGGCCCCAGCAGCGCGGGCUCGGGAGGCGGCGCGGGGCGCUGAGGCCAGGCCCCCCCCUCCGCUUGGCGCGUCCUCUCGCCCGGAGGCGGGGAAGGCGGACGCGACCGCGGCCUCGACGUCGGCGACCGCGCCGCCCGCGAAGGGAAGCGCCUUAUAAGCCGCCGCUCGGCCGGCCCCGCGGCUCGUCGCCGCGCCAUCCCGGAGAGCGCGCGGAGGCCGGGCCGACCCCGGACAGACCCCGCCCGACUCCGGACAGACCCCGGCGCCGGGCAGGCCCCCGACCAGCGCCGGCUCCGGACAGAUCCUGGAUCUGUCCGACUCUGGACAGACCUCGGACGGACCCCGGCCCCGGACAGACACCCCGGCUCCAGACGGACUCCCCGCGGACCCAGGCCCGGGCGGGCGCGCCCCCUGCCGGCCGGGGCAUGCUCGGCCCGCGGCAUGGCCUCGGCGGUGUUUGAGGGCACGUCGCUCGUGAACAUGUUCGUGCGGGGCUGCUGGGUGAACGGCAUCCGCCGGCUCAUCGUCAGCCGGCGCGGCGACGAGGAGGAGUUCUUCGAGAUCCGCACCGAGUGGUCGGACCGCAGCGUGCUCUACCUGCACCGCAGCCUGGCCGACCUGGGCCGCCUGUGGCAGCGCCUCCGCGACGCCUUCCCCGAGGACCGGCCCGAGCUGGCGCUCGCGCCGCUGCGCGAAGGGCUGGUCGCCAUAAAGGAUGCCCACGACAUCGAGACCAGGCUUAACGAAGUGGAGAAGCUGCUCAAGGCCGUCAUCAGCAUGCCACGCAAGUAUUCCAGGUCAGAAGUUGUGCUCACCUUCUUUGAAAGAUCUCCCCUGGAUCAGGUGUUAAAAAAUGACAACGUCCAUAAAAUUCAACCCAGCUUUCAAAGUCCGGUGAAAAUAUCAGAAAUCAUGAGGUCCAAUGGAUUUUGCUUAGCAAAUACGGAAACAAUCGUUAUUGACCACAGUAUACCAAACGGAAAAGACCAGCACGCAGCUGUGGACCCCUCGGAGCACCUGUGGCUUCUGUGUGGCUCACGGGCCUGCCCUGAGCAGGGAGGAUGCGUCAGCUUAGAGGAGGCGGGCAGCUGAAGACCCCCUGCCCUCCGUUCUUCCUUCCUCGGGCGACAGAACUUGGACCACGAUGGGGGCUCUAGGAAAGCCACCUCGGGCGCUGCCAGCCGUCUCGGGAUUAUCGGGCAGGACCAGGCUCUGGUGACGGUCCAGGCCACGCCCGGGGCUCUCCCUGCUGUGCGAGCUCAGGGGGUUCGUUCCCGUCUCCUGGCUCCUCUUCACCCCGGGUGGGACCGCCGUGCUCUCGCAGGGUCUCCUGAAGGCUCAGGUGAUGCGCGUGGACGCCUGACUCUGGGACCCCCAGGCAGCUCUGGAAGCGCAGGGUCCCCCACAGGCACUUGACCGGCACAAGCCUGGAACCAGGGGGCCUCUCAGAGUCCGGGGGUCCCUCCGCACCCCGUCAGCCCCACGUGAAAGCGGACCAGGACCGACCCAACUGCCGCCAUGCCUCGCGCUCAGCUGGGACCACGCACGUCGUACGCACCGUGUGUGCAGACAGCUCCCAGCCCGAGGGUCCCCCAAGCCAACCCGGAGCUGGCAUCGUGGGUCCGAGGGUCUGCCGACGUGGAUUACACGGUGACGGAAGGAGGUCCUGCUUCAUGGGAGGAGCUUCUGGCCGGGCCUGUCCUGGUGGAGUGGUUGGUGGACCACCAGGGGCUGCAGGGUCCUGGCUCUGGCUCUGCAUCCCAGGGACCCUUUCUGUCUCUGAGAGGCCCCGAGAGGCCCUCUGCCCCUGGCAUGAGGCCAGCUCUGAGAAGGAAGUUCAACCGUGAAUCGUUUUGGAGGAGAAACGUGGAGAGAAAGCAAGGGCUGUAAUGUCACUUUUGCAGCCAGCCCGGGGCUCUGCGUGGCCAGGGCGACCCAUAUCCUCAAUCUGCAGCGCUGGGUUGGUGGGAGAGAAAGACCGCGCGGAAACCUCUGCGAUCCCAGGAUAGCUUGACGAGGAGAUGUCGGCCUCUGAGCGGCCCGGGAGCGUCUCCAGGGAACUUGGGCUUGCCGGGCGUCACUCCAGGUGCCUGACCUCGGGCAGCCCUGCGGUGAUGGUCUGCUGCCGUCUGUCUCUCAGGAGCGUCUGUCUGAACACUCCAGGGGCAGGAGGUCACAGAGAGAAGCCUCUCCUGGCCACAGCUGUCCUCAGUGGUCCUCGACAGCGACUGUGUGGCCCCAAGGCUGUGGAUCAACGCUGCCGGGCCCGCUGUUAGGACCUGUCGGUCCCCACACUGUCCCUGGGGGAGAGCAGCUACAGUACUCAGACCAGAGACCCCCCUGCACUCAGGGACCAAGUGUGUGUGCCUGGUGGGGACGUGUGUGAGAGCGGGACGGCUGGGCCUCUGCCUUGUGAUCACCCUGGUUGGCUGGAGGGGUUGCCAGGCUCCGGGAGAUUCUGCCCAGGCCUGGGGCGAGCCCCGACCCUGUCCUCACUGGUUAGAAGCAGGGGGAUUUGCCAGGCCUGCUGAGGACCACGGGGGCUGAUGGGGACCCUAGACUCUGCCAAGCAUCCCAGGUCCCCUUCCUUCCCCAGUUCUCAGGGCAUCUGAGGGCAGGAAGGGUAGCAGGGGCAGGAAGCUGCUGGGCAGGGCUGUGUCGUGGCCGCCACCGGGCCCGUCCCUGUCCCUCACCUGCCCGGAGCCUUUCCCUGCACCUAACGGCCCCCUCUUGGCCUCACUGCCUGCACGGACGCAGGGCUCCACGCAUCUCCACACACGCCCGUCAGCAUGGACUUAGAGGGAAACCCACCUCCAUGCCUUUCCUGUCUGAUUUCGAAGCUGCUGUCGCCGCCUCCUCCGCUUCUCCCUUGAAACUUAGAGGCAGCAGGCUUCCCUGGGACCCCGUCCACCCCACGUGCCCCGGAUGCUGGGGGCGGGGGGCACCUCUCCGCCCUCCCCCUCCCCCAUCCCGGCUGGCUCCCCAGCCAGUGUAGCCAGGCCGGCGGCUAUGUGGUUUGGGCGCCUCGUGCCCUGCCCGUCGCUGCCCGGCUUCCCGCUGUAGUUGAACUCCUGUGAGGUCUCAGGGCAGGGGCAGUGUGGACAGUGUGCUCGGUGGCCCCAGGCCCUCUCUGCUGCCCUGGGCAGGGCCUGCAUCCGCCCCCUCUGCCACUCCCCUCUGUUUGGACUGGUUCUUAGCUGGGGACAGUGGAAGAGCUACAGGCAGCAUCUGUUUCCCCUCCUGGGGAGAAGGUCCUCCGUGCACUGUUUUCUCUGUGAGGCAACUUUUAAAAUUUGUAGUCCUUUUUCUCCAGCUUAAGCAAGUGUGCUUAAGCCGAGGCUGGGUUAGGCAGGGCGUGGAAAUGGUUUCCAUUCCUGGGGAAUCCAUGUUGAGAAGGUAUUUAGGUCACCUCACACUUGGGGCGCAAAUCCUUCCUUGAGCUCUUCCCGUGCGCGCCACGUAACGCCCCACAUUGAAUGCAGGACCCAAAUGAAGGCCCCCUCCCUCCACUAACCUCCUCUGCCCUCACCCAGCUCCUCCCUGGACGACUCCUGCCUCCUUGGUUGUGUGUGCAUGUGGCCCAGGAAGCAGUCAGGCUGGGAGCUGGGACCACACGGCCUUCUUCACCCGUCUUUGCCAUGGUCCACAGGCCCAGCACGUGGCAGGUUCCUGUGCCUGGUCCGCUCUGUGUCCCCAGGGCCUGACCCAGAAUAAUCCCCAGAUGGAGAGAGAAAUACUCACUGUGUGAGUGGAUGGAUGGAUGGAUGGAUGGAUGGAUGGAUGGAUGGAUGGAUGGGUGGAUGGAUAAAUGGAUGGAUGGAUGGAUAAAUGGAUGGAUGGAUGGA